CCCGCCCGGAGGUGAGAGGCAGAAGAACCCGCGGAGCUCCGAGCGGCAGCGACCCGCCCGCCGGUGCGCUGCGGCCCGCCAUGGUGCAGACCUGCUCGGCGUACGGCUGUAAAAACCGCUACCACAAAGACAGAGACGUUUCAUUCCACAAGUUCCCCCUGGCUCGCCCGGACGUCUGCGGCAAGUGGGUCGCCGCCAUGAGGAGGAACAACUUCAAACCAACGAAGUACAGCAACAUCUGCUCCCAGCACUUCACCAAAGACUGCUUCAAGAGGGAGUGCAACAACAGGGUGCUGAAGGAGAACGCAGUGCCGUCGCUCUUCAGCUUCAACCUCAGCAUCAAGCCGGAGACCCUGGAGGACCCCUUCCCCCCGGAGAUCCACUUCCCACUGGCCCUGCCUCUGACCUCUGAGACGGUGGUGCAGGAGGAGGAGGAGGAGGAGCCCCAGAGGAGCCCGUCCGACGCCCGCAGCGACCCGGCGGCCGUCUCCUGCGACCACAACUACACGGCGGAGGACUCGGCUCAGCAGAAGAAGCGCAUCGAGCAGCUGGAGCAGCAGCUGGAGCGUCUGAGGAAGAAGCUGAAGACCACCCAGCAGAAGUGCCGGCGGCAGGAGAGACAGCUGAAGAGGCUGAGGGCGGGCCAGACGGCCCGGACCGGCCCGGACCCUGACCCUGACCCAGACCCAGACCCGGACCGGGACCGGGACCCGGACCUGGCUCCAGCCUUCGGAGACGGAUAUGUCAUAUUACCCAAACACAUCUACCACACACUCAAAGGCCUGGAGUGAUGGAGGAGGAGGAGGAGGAGGAAGAUGACCUGUCUGUGGUCCAGACUGAGGAGAGAAAGACACAGAGCACAUUAAACCUUUUUAAAGCAACGGUUUACAUUUUUAUAGUGUGUGUGUGUGGAGUGUGUGUGUGUUGUGUGAACUUGUUCAGCUGGAAUAAAAUGAACAUAAACACUGGUUCAUUUGAACUCAUUGGGACUGAAAGUUGAAAAUAAUGCUAACAUGAGGUCUUUAAGUCUGACUUCAGGUUCGCUGUUUUCCUCAGGUCAGUGAAAUCGAAGCAGAAUCGCCAGCGAAGAACACAAAUCCUGACGUUUCAGUCGCGUUUGAUCAAAUAUCCAACAAACAUCACAUUUUUUAAGGAAAUAAAGUGCAUUUUAAAGAUUCCUUCAGUUCAAUUCAGUGUUUUUUUUAUUUUCUCAUUCAGUUUUGUAACAUCUGAAUUUGACUGAAAUGACUUUGUGCUUCCU